AUGAAUUCUGGAAACCAGUCCAUCGUGACCGAGUUCAUCCUGGCUGGACUAACAGAGAAAGAAGAGCUCCAGCUGCCCCUCUUCCUCCUCUUCCUAGGAAUCUACUCAGUCACUGUGGUCGGCAACCUGGGCAUGAUCAUACUGAUUGCACUCAGCUCUCACCUGCACACUCCCAUGUACUAUUUCCUCGGCAGUCUGUCCUUCAUUGACCUCUGCCAAUCCACUGUCAUUACCCCCAAAAUGCUGGUCAACUUUGUGACAGAGAGAAACAUCAUCUCCUAUCCAGAAUGCAUGAUUCAGCUGUACUUCUUCCUGGUUUUUGCCAUUGCAGAGUGUCAUAUGUUAGCUGUAAUGGCAUAUGACAGAUAUGUUGCCAUCUGUAGCCCUUUACGUUACCAUGCUGUCAUGUCUUAUAGCCUCUGCUUAAAACUCACAAUGGGAGUUUAUGUUUUGGGCAUCCUAGGAUCUACAAUUCAUACAGGUUUUAUGGUGAGACUCUUUUUGUGCAAGAGAAGCGUAAUUAACCAUUAUUUCUGUGAUCUUCUCCCACUGUUGGAACUAUCCUGCUCUAGUAAUUACAUCAAUGAGUUGCUAGUGCUAUGCUUAAGUGCAUUUAAUAUACUGUUUCCUGCCUUAACCAUCGCUGCCUCCUACAUCCUGAUCAUUGCCAAUGUUCUCCGCAUUCCCUCCACUGAGGGUAGGUCCAAAGCCUUCAGCACCUGCAGUUCUCACAUCUGUGCUGUUGCUGUCUUCUUUGGAUCUGCAGCUUUCAUGUACUUGCAGCCAUCAUCUGUCAGCUCCAUGGACCAAGGCAAAGUGUCCUCUGUGUUUUAUACAAUUGCUGUGCCCAUGCUGAACCCUCUCAUCUACAGCCUGAGGAACAGGGAUGUCAAAUUGGCACUGAAGAAACUCCUCUGCAAGAAAGCACGUUCAUGA